AUGUCUGACGAGAGACCCUCCUUGGCUGGUGAGAGACUCAGUUUGAGCGACUUGCCAUAUGACUGCAAGCUCGAGAUUGCGAAAUAUCUCGACGUCAAGGCAGUGCGAAGCUUGCGCCUCACCAACCGGGCCAUGUAUGGUGCGCUCUCCGGUCCCUUCUUUGCUCGCUUCCUGGAACGCAAGACCGUCGACUUGGAACGGGGCAGUCUUGACCGCCUCGUCCAUUUGGUCUUUUCUGAGAAGUAUCGAGGCGUCAUUCGAGAGCUCAGAUUCCGAGCGGCGUACUAUGACUUGUCUCAACUGAAGAAGCAAGCCAAGCGAGCUGGAACACAAGCCAGCCGGAGCAUCCUCGCCGCCGCGGAAUCCCGCAAGAAGAUCCAGGACAGAUACCUGGCAACUGGAGCAGGUGAACUCUUGAUCUUUGCUCUCAAAGCUCUUGGAAACGUCGACACAAUCCGAAUCGAGCUCGCCUUCGCCAAGACUGCCUAUUUCCGACCCAAGUCUGAUCUUGGUGAAUUGCGCAAGUUCGGCUUGCAGAUCUCCGAUCUGAUCAUGACUUCGAUCCUUUCUUCCGGUAUCAACAUGCAGCAACUGGUCAUCUUUGAUACCACCAAGCCCUGUUCCAUUGACCUGUUCAACUUCGCACGCGUUGUUCAAGGUGCCGAACGUUCUGGCAAGCACUUUGCAGUGUCCCAGCUCAAGAGCUUCUCAGCUCGAAUUUCGACUCAACCACUGGACUCUGCCGGACGCCCUCGUGUUGACAAAUCUGGACAGCAAUUCCAGCCACUGGCUGUUAACUUCUUGCGCUUUUUGUCCGAGGCGUCAAACCUUGAACAUAUCAACAUCACCUUGUACAACCCAAUGAACAGCAACCGGUUGAACAUUUUCACCUCGCAAGGGUUGUUGACCCGUUUCAAUUGGUCUCGUCUUCAGACUUGCACCUUGAGUGGCCUGUCAACCAAGGCGGUUGGCCUGUUGGAUUUCCUGGGUCAUCACAAGCAGCUCACGUCCAUCACCCUGGAACGGAUCUUUCUCAUCGAUGGAGAUUGGAGUGAGGUGUUCAACUACCUGGAGACAAAGAUGCCAGCGUUGAAGCAAGUCCGAUUGUCUUAUUUGAUGCACAAUAGUGUGCCUGGUGAAACAGCUCGAGAGGUCAACCUGUUUCCUUGCUGGGAAGAGAAGUCUCGUGAACGCAUCCUGUACUACAGCCGGAUGGGCCUUGCCUACUCCAACGGUGGUGUCGAAAUGUGGGUCCACACACGCGAUUUCAACCUCGAUGAAUUGAAGCGAGGCCUAGUGUUCUGGCCCUUGAGCCCUGAAGGCACUGGCCUUCACCCGGACGUCAUUAUGGCCCGAAUCCAGAACGGCUACUGGGCUUAA